CCGCCCCGAUGGUUGCUUGUUUUAAGUGUGGAACGAUCCAUCGCAGAGCGCCGGGCUCGAUUGACACUGUCUGCUGAUCUGCUACUGCGGAUUGCUCAGAAUAACAAGGCUGCUCGCUAAUUCCCGUCUAUCGGGGCUUUCGCCGAAACGCCGAGAGAGUAGGGUCCAAAAAAAGCCAACAAGGCAGGCAAGAACGCCGCGCUGCCGCUGUCUGCACCCAAGAAUGGCUUCAGGAGACCUUUACGAGGUGGAACGGAUCAUGGAUAAAAGGCGGAAUAAGAAGGGUAAGUGGGAGUACCUGAUUCGGUGGAAAGGCUAUGGAAGUAAGGAGGACACCUGGGAGCCAGAACACCAUCUAUUGCACUGUGAAGAAUUUAUUGAUCAGUUCAAUAGCUCAAGACUGCACUCACACAAACGUCCCAAAGUCCCCAAAAACCAUGGAGAGCCCUUUAUCCCCAGCCACCUUUCUGCAAUAGAUAACUCCAGAGCUAGGUCUGAAGGUCGAAAAAAGAAAAGGACUAGUGGCCCAACUGUAGGGGUCAGAGUAGGGACUGUUCUAGGGAUUGGAAGUGGAGGAUCAGGAUCCACUCAAAAGCAACGGAAAGUGGGUGUGGGACCUGGAAAACAUCCUUUAGGGGACAGAAUGAGCAAAGCCAUGACAUACAAGGCUCCUCCACCAGGUGGACCUCACUUUGGCCCUCCAUUGAGGGUUCCUCAUAAUGAACUCCAGAAUGGAGAGAGGGACUCUGUCAUGUACAGGACUGCAGCAAAGUCACGACUGCCCUCAGACAGGGUGGAUGGGGAGUUAGGACAUAUGGAUGCCACUGGACAACAGUUUACUACUGAACUAGGCUCACCUUUAGCCAAUGGGAAGAUGCACCUGCACAGCUCAGUGAAGCGGAAGUUGGCUGAGGAGAAAGGCUACGUGUUUGACAAGCGGCUCAGGUACAAUGUGCGACAGAACGAGAGCAAUUGUCGAUUUCGAGACAUUGUGGUCAGGAAGGAAGAGGGCUUCACGAAUGUCCUGCUCUCCAGCCAAACGACAGAAAACAAUGCUCUGACGCCAGAGAUCAUGAAGGAAGUUUGUCGGGCUUUGGGUAAUGCCGCUGCUGAUGACAGUAAAUUACUAUUGCUCAGUUCGGUGGGGACUGUUUUCUGCAGUGGCCUGGAGCCAUCCUACCUGAUAGGGCGUCUGUCCACUGACCGCAGGAAAGAGAGCAGCCGCAUCGCAGAUGCUGUACGGGACUUUGUGUUGGCAUUCAUCCACUUCAAGAAACCCAUUGUGGUGGCAAUAAACGGCCCUGCUCUGGGCUUAGGAGCAUCCAUCCUGCCACUGUGUGAUGUGGUAUGGGCCAGUGAGAGGGCCUGGUUCCAAACUCCAUGUGCAGCCCUGCACCUCACUCCCUCUGGAUGCUCCUCUUACACCUUCCCCCAAAUAUUGGGUGUUGCUCUUGCCAAUGAGAUGCUUUUCUGUGGAAGAAAACUCACAGCACAAGAAGCAUGCAGUCGGGGGCUUGUGUCGCAGGUCUUCUGGCCAACCACAUUCAACCAAGAGGUGAUGCUGCGUGUGAAGGAAAUGGCGUCUUGCAGUGCAGUGGUCUUAGAAGAGUCUAAAUGCCUGGUGAGGAGUAUUCUCAUGUCAGUCCUGGAGGAAGUGAAUGAGAAGGAGUGUCAGAUGUUGAAGCAGCUAUGGUGUUCAACUAAAGGACUAGAGGCACUCUUCAGUUACCUGCACAACAAGACAUAUGAAAAGUAACCAUCACACCACAGAAAUUAAAGAUGCUCGGUGUGGGUAUGAAGCUUAUUUACAGAGGGAGAUCAGGUUGGCAAUGCUGUGGUCUCAAACUCAUUAAGGGCCUUUAUUACCAUCCAUCAGCAGGUGGAUCCUUUUGAUUUCUUUUUGCAUCUCUAACACAAAUUAAACUUCACCAUGAUCAUUUUUAUAAAGGAGUUUGUUUUGUUUUUUAAAUUGGACCCCCAGUUUACCAGACUUCCACUCUCUAUGCUGUGAUCUUUCUCUUUGAAAUGCCCAAAGAGCAAAGGGCCAAUUGUGCAUUGCUUAAGCGCAGGGAGGUACAGAGUAUUUCUGUACAUAUGUGAGAUUUAAUCAUCAAGAUGUAUGAAAUAAUAAAUGUAUUUCUGACUGCACAUGACAGAGUGAUGAUAAUAUAUAAAAUAUUAAUAUAUAUUUAUUUCAAGUGUGUUUUAAAAAAAAGAAAAAGUUGCUUUAUGUACAUAGGAUGCAUUUUGCAGGAUUUUUCUUUUUGUCUCUUACUGUUUUUGAAUUGAAGUGUAAACCAAAGCUUGCAUGAGGACACAGUUGCUUGCUCCUUAUCAUGCACAUUCCCUCCUAUUUGUAU